AUGUACUUCACCGUGGUAAAUGUAACACACUCCAUUGAAGGGUAUCCGUGUCUAAAGAAUAAAAAUGAUAUAGAUACACCACCUUGUAUAUGGCAAUUUCCGAGACAUUUUUCCCAUGAACAUGUUCACCACACUAUUAAGCCGCACAAUAAGCUGUAUUAUAUCGCCUGGAGUCGAGUCAGCGCAGCUGAUCAAUGCCGUCGAGACUGUUCCAAACUACUUUAUUAUGGGAGAUGCUUCACCAUGGACCUAUGCACCGUUCCCAACAUUUUCAUACAAGCCAGGACACCUCCUCCACUAUCAGUCGGGUCGUGUUCGGCCAGCACACUGAAACACAGAGCACAUUGCACCGCGUCCAUUUUCCCCUCGACGUGUGGAGUCACGACUCGGCUUGAGUCAGGCUUGAGCCGGGACUUGAGCCUGGGCUUGGAGGCGCGUCCGGCCGACCGACCGACCGACCGAACGCUUGUGGUCGGCCGAAAGGGAGUCGGUCGGGUCAAAAUGGCGCCCCGUCGGUGCUUCACGGCCAAGGACAAGGCCCUCCUGUCCGUGCUUGUGAAGACGAACCCCAUCCUGCAGAGCCACGCCGCCGACGCCACGACGGCGCACAAGAAGGCCAGGAAGUGGAAGGAGAUCGCCGAGAUUUACAACGCCAACUGCAAGGGCCAGAAGAGGAACGUCGAGCAGCUGCGGAAAUGCUGGAAGAACAUGAAGUUCAAAGAAAAGCAGUUCGCUGCGUCUGCCGCAAAUGCAGUCAAUAACCGAGGCGGAUUAUCCCAGUUGCAAGAUGUGAAUUCAUCGAGUGAAUUGGAUGAUCCAAUUCACUUAGAGAGCGAUGACGAACCCGAAUACAUUUUACCUUCUGUUCAUGAUGACAGUCCAGACCUGAUUGAGAAUAGCAUGCAGGAAGAUGUCUUUCACAAAACUGGCUGUACCAUUGUGGAGGGACUAGAGAAUGCGGUGAUUGUAGAGGAUGACCACAAUCUCUCAGACCACAACUCCCCUGCCACGUUUGUAAGGAUUCUGCCCAAGCCGCCUUCUAGCAAUUUACAAACAAACGACAUAGGGGAGGACUCCAGGAUAGAAUUUUCCGCAGCCAGAGAGAUGUCUCCGCACAUAGUAGCAGACAAUCUUUCCAGGCCAGGCUCAGCCAAUUCCAGUGCGAGUGAACCACAGCCGCCCCAACCCAAGCAGACACGCAAGGUCCCAAAGAAAACGGUGCUCAAGUACAGCAAAACUUCAGGUGAACUUAACAAUGGUCCCCUAACUACGAAAAUGGUGUCUUCAGAAUACAAAAAGAAAAUGGAAUACUUAGACCUCAAGGUGAAGCUGCUUCUAGCCGAGGAAGAGAGAAAGAAGGAGAAACACAAGAAGGAAAUGUAUCUCCUAAAUGCUCAAAUACAGUACUGGAAAGAGAGAAGGAGAGAUCUGUCUGAAGAUUUAUUUGUAGUGCCUUAACUGACUGAACAUUCUGUGUAUAUGUAUAUAUAUUGUAUACACAGUAUGAAUAAAUAUGUGUAUAUAUACUAAUAUAAAUAUAUCACACAUGUCAACAUUGUGUGUAUCUUACAAAGAAAUUUUUAUUUUGUAUAUAUAAAUAUGUAAUCUAUAUAUUAUAUUUUAGAGAUACAGCUGGUAGACAAACAAGUAUCCACUAAACCAGUACAUAAAAAAAAAAAAAAAAUGUAAAA